AUGGGUUGCUUUGUGGUGGUGCAUUGCUUUCAGGCAGUGUGUGUGUUGAUUGUUUGGUGGCUUUGUGUUGGAUUAUUCGUCCUCGCGAAAAACUCGCCCAAGUACUCGGUCAAAGAGCUCUGGAACCUGGAGAAGACCUUCUGGGAUAACUUCCUGUACCCGGCCAACCUGGCGCAAACCCAGUCGAUUAACUCGACGCUGUUUGCGGACGAUAUCCAAGGCCGCGUCGACAUCACGCGCGUCUUCAACGGCAGCACGCUCAACACGGAAUACCUCUUCGGUCUCUUCUCCGACCCAGCCCACCUCAGUCUCGUCGGCGUCCCCGUCUCCUACAGCAUCACGCAGUUCACCGCCGCCCCCGACACCAACAUCGCCUCUGCCACCACCGUCGUGACCUUCAACGCCACCUCCUUCAACAACCUGCUGCUGCCCGUCACCAUCGACACGUGGAUCAUGUGGAACGCCGAGGGCAAGAUCGUGCAGUACGACGCCACCUUCCGCUGGUUCGGCUUUCUCAUCGACACCCUGGUCGGGGCGCUCGCGACGCAGCUCAACGCCACCACCACGACGGCAACCACCUACCUCACCGACCUUCUGGCGAAGCAGAUCUGCGAGACACAUGCGCAGUACUGCACGGGGAGCAACCAGCAGUACACGGACUCGGAGACGUGCUACGCGUUCCUGACCCAGGAUAUCCCGCUGGGAAAGGACUACGAGCUCGGCCGCGAUACCCUGCUGUGUCGCGAGGUGCACGAGCAUAUGGUGCAGUAUGAUCCGACGAUGCAUUGUCCGCAUAUCGGGCCCACGGGGGGCGCAUACUGCGUCAACGACCAGACGUAUGCGCAGAAGGUGCUGGAGAAGUAUUUCCGGGAGAGUUGGUUGAUCGCAGAGGUGGAGGGGGAGAGGCAGGAUGUGUGGUUGUAG